GGUCGGAAGAAGUUGAUAACGUUAGCAUGAAAGAUGAUCGGACUGCUCCAGUAACUGGGUGUUCCGUGGAUGAUGGGUACUCACGAUCACGACUUCCUGAGUGUAGCAGACGUUAUCACUAGGUUUUGCGAAAUUGACCCGAGCGGACGUAUUUUCGGAGCGUUAGCCACGUGUUCGGCUGAACAAGUUUUUCCGUACCAUUGUAUACCAAGUGCACACAAAACAAACGUGGAAUAAUAGGAAGAUGGGAUGCCAGGAUCAAUGGAUAAUCUGGACGGCAUCGGUGAUAUUGCUGCUCGUAAAUGAUGCAUACGGUAUCUUUGAUCCACGAACCAACUCUGGCCCCAAUGUAAAUAUGAUGCCCCAGGUCCACAGCGACUACAGCAAAGUGCACACUCACAAGGCACGUGCAUAUGAACCAAACUACGCUCGAAGUGAUUUCAAUUUACAUUAUCAUGCACCUCCAUAUCGAACUUCUGACAUUUCAUCUACCACACCUCGUCCAGUGGCUACGGAAUUCAUGCCACAAAAGAGCCUGCCGAGGCUUCAAACCAGUCCUAGCAACAGACUUGGCAAAGAAAAUGCCAUAUCGGACGCUAAUAAUUCUAAAUUGAAGGAAAACAAAUCACCUACCGAUGGGAACUUUAACGGCCUUCAGUGUCCACCAUUGGAAUCGGGGCACUUUGUUUACAUUAUGGACUGUAGACAAUUUUUGAACUGCUGGAAAGGUCGCGGCUACAUUCAGAGUUGUGCACCUGGCACGCUUUUCAACUCGGAAACACGACAAUGCGACCAUCCUUCAAAAGUACAUUGCACUACUUCAAGCACAAUGGAUGACUAUAAGAAAUUAACUAAACUUAAGAAACCCCGUGACUUGAAAUCUGCUGCAUAUACCCAGGACUACGAUUACGAAUCCCUUCAACCAACCAACGCAGUCCAGAUUAAAUGCCCGCCUGAUGCGGUUGGACUUCGGGAGCAUCCAACAGAUUGCAGGAAAUUUUUAAACUGUAACAAUGGAGUCAUGUUUAUUCAAGACUGUGGACCCGGCACAGCGUUCAAUCCAGCGAUAUCCACCUGUGAUCAUAUCUACAAUGUGGAUUGUAACCGUUAUCAAAAUAUUAAAGAACAGGAAACAGUUCGCCAGCCUAAUCCAGAUGCAGAGGAAAUCGAUGUUGAAAAUGUGACAUAUGACAUAGAUGUCCGAUUCGACCUUGAUGUGGAACAAGAAUUAACAAAAACUACGCCAAUUCCGAAUAUUCAGCAGCAGAUUCCGAAGCCAAUUUACCAAAGACCGUCAGCUAGUGAGAUACGCCCUGUGUAUUUACCGCCACUAAGUACAACUCCAAAAAUGAAUCAGGCAAAUAAUAGAUAUAAUCCAGAUUUCUAUCGUCCUAAUGUGACACCUGGAUCACCCACUUUGAACGACAGUCAAUCGUCUCUUCCAAUCAGUGAGGCUCUCAAAGUACUCCUGCGACCGUACCUAUCCGAUCAGAACGUAGAACUCGAUAUGGACAAAGUCAAUACGAUGAUGAAUAAAUCGACAACUCCAAAAAAUGAGUUGGAGGUUUUAGGAUUAAACAAAAAUCAAAAUCCAAACACCCAAUCAUCCCCUUAUAUUGCUUCUCCGUUGGAACUCAACUCUCAGCAUGGAGGACAUCAAACACUGCUUGAUCCCACUCCAACUAAUCGGCCGCCAACACCUUACGGAUCAAGAGCCUAUCACAAUCCGGAUUUCAAUCGUCAACAUGCCUCACCCCCUUCUGCACCGCAGCAGGAGCUCCAAAGAUGGUACCCCCUUCAUCGUAUCAGGAAUACCACCACAGCUCCGGCGGUGAAAAGUCGCUUCGGCGAAGAUUCACCACAAUGGCGCCCAAUCGCAACAACAUCAACAACGAAACGUCCAACAUCGACUGCGAAUCCGUGUAAAGAUAAAUUCAUCUGUGGCAACAGAAAAUGCAUCGAUCAAUCGAAAGUUUGCGACGGUAAAGUCGACUGUGACAAUCGUGCAGACGAACGCAACUGCAGCCAUAUUGGUUACGAAGUACGAUUGUCUAACAAACAUCAGGGACGUAUUGAGGUUAAAGUGUUUGACAAAUGGGGAUAUGUUUGCGAUGAUAACUUCAGUAUAGAAGCAGCCCAUGUAGUCUGUCGAGAGUUAGGCUUUGAAGCUGGGGCUCUCGAGCUGAAGCCUAAUUCGUUCUAUCCACCCAAUGCGGCGAUGGCAAACAAUGGUCGUACGGUGUAUAUCAUGGAUGAAGUAAGAUGCACCGGGAACGAGAGUUCACUGAAAGAUUGUGCCUUCUCGGGAUGGGGAGUUCAUGAUUGUAAUGCUGAGGAAGUGGUGGGAGUGGUAUGCAAGACACCUAAAAUGACUUGUCCGAGCGAUUAUUGGUUGUGUAAUACAUCGUCAGAGUGUGUCCCAGUUGGUUUCCUCUGCGAUAAUGUAAUGGAUUGCGCUGAUGGAUCAGAUGAGAAUGUUCAACACUGCAAUGCCCCACUAGAGAUGCGCUUGGUUGAUGGACCAAGCAACACAGAAGGGCGAGUCGAAGUGAAGUACCGUGGAAUCUGGGGUACAAUUUGUGAUGACGACUUCGGAAUUCGGGAAGCUCGAGUAGUAUGUAGACAACUUGGGUUGAACGGGACGGCGGAAGUGAGAAAGAACAGAUAUAAACAAGGUACUGGUCAAAUUUGGCUAGAUCAGGUCGUUUGUAAUGGUGAUGAGAAGUCUCUUGAUGAUUGUACGCAUUGGCACUGGGGAGAGCAUAACUGUGGACAUACGGAAGAUGUAGAAGUAAGGUGUGGGUCAUCCCAAACAGGUAGACCAACGCCAGCGCAACUUCGAGCAUCAGGAAAAUCCAUGAAAUUCGACUUUGUCGAGAAAUCAAGUAAGAUUUACCCAGACAGCUGCGGUCAAUUACAAAUCGAUCCACAACUAGUUAAACCAACUUACGGAUCGCGAGUAGUUCAUGGAGGGGAAACAGUAUAUGGACAUCACCCGUGGCAAGCAGCGUUGAGGGCCAAAAAACAAGGCAAAUCGGUCCACUGGUGUGGUGCCGUUUUAAUUUCCAAGUAUCAUAUCCUGACAGCAGCUCAUUGUCUGGUUGGAUACCCCAAGGGUGCCUACAUGAUUCGCAUUGGUGACUAUAAUACAGAAGCUUUGGAGGCGGCAGAGAUCGAUAUCUUCAUUGAAGAUUACUACAUCCACGAAAACUUCCGAGUUGGCCAUCAUAUGAAUAAUGAUAUCGCCGUCGUUCUGUUGAAAACCCCGAUAAGAUUCAGCGAAUACGUUCAGCCAGUUUGCCUUCCUUCUAAAAGUCAAAUCUACCAGGAGGGAAUGAAUUGUACAAUUUCUGGAUGGGGCUCAACUGAGUCUGGUUCUUCAGUCCAUUCAUUGGAAUUAAGAACAGCCAAAGUUCCACUGUUAUCGGAUGCCGUUUGUAAUCAACCCGAAGUGUACGGUAACAAUAUCACCGAUGGGAUGUUCUGUGCAGGCACAUUGGAUGGGGGUGUUGACGCGUGUGAAGGUGAUUCAGGUGGACCAUUAGUGUGCAUGAACGAUCGUGGCCAUACGCUUUAUGGGAUAAUUUCAUGGGGAUUCCACUGCGGUUACGUCAAUAAACCAGGAGUCUAUGUCAAAGUGUCGCACUAUCUGGACUGGAUAGAACAGAAACUCAAACAAUCGCUGCACAUGUACGGCGUUUGAAGAACGUACCUUAAUUUUGUAUAUUACCUCUAGGAAAUAGUAAAACAACAAUGAACAAUGAAUAUUUUUAUGGACCAAAACUUUUUUUACAAUAAACUUUACAAUCGUUUUUCUA